CACUCUGAAUGGGCGUCAGAACACUUCAGACACACAUGAGACAUGGCCGACGACAGAAGCAAUGAAUACCGGCUUCCCAAUUUUUCCGGAUGCACUGCCCCGAGUACAAGCCGUGCAGUCUCCGAGGGUGCUUCGUCCACUGCAACCGAUUACACUUGGCUUCCUGAUGGCCCCUCGAAUAUGCCGCUGAACGUGUUCUGUAACGAGGCUGACGGCACACCUGCGUUCUGCUACAAGAACGAUACUGUAAACAACAGCUUCCAGCAACCCGCUUCAACUAGUAGCGGCAGCUACGUCGCCGUUCCCAGCACAAGCAGCGCAGGCACAGAGGAAGAAGCAGGCAUUGCGGAAGACUACGCGAGCAGUUGGACUCCCGAUCACACCUGUAAUGCCGAAGAAGUCGAGCAGUACUUCAAGACCCUGGGCAAUACUCUACUCUUCGACGACACCGAGAAUGGAAGAGCCGCCUUCCAGCUUCCGAUCUCCAGCACGAGUUUCGAGGAAGCAAUGCCGAGUACGAGCGAUGGAGAUAUUGGAGCAGCACCAGACUUCUUGGGAACCGACAUAAGGAACGCUACUGACUCCAAGGAAAGUGAACAGCGCAAAGAUAUCAACGAUGGGCACGGCGGCGUCGACCGCGCCGACAAAGUGUCAGGGGAAAGGCCCUACAAAUGCGAAAUCUGUGAAAAAUGCUUUAAACACAAACGUUAUCUCGUGGAUCAUCACAAUACGCAUAAUGCUGUCAAACUCAACAAGCACACGGAGGAGAAGGAAAUUCUACCUUCGACCAUGUAUGAUUUUCUUGCCCAGCUCUGGGAGCUCGCAGCUUAA